GGGACGCCGCAGCUCGGCUCCCGCAGGCGCCCAUGGCCCCGCCGCGCCCGCCCCGCCUGCUGCCCGCGCUGCGCGCCCUCCUCUACUGGUCCCUGGUGUACGGCUACUGCGGGCUGUGCGCCUCCGUCCACCUGCUCAAACUUUUGUGGAGCAUCGGUAGGGCGCCGGCGCAGACCUUCCGCCGGGCGGCCCGGGCCAACCCUCCGGCGUGCCUGAACGACCCCUCCUUGGGGACUCACUGCUACGUGCGCAUCAAGGACUCGGGGUUAAGAUUUCACUAUGUUGCUGCUGGAGAAAGGGGUAAACCGCUCAUGCUGCUGCUUCAUGGAUUUCCAGAAUUCUGGUAUUCUUGGCGCCAUCAACUGAGAGAAUUUAAAAGCGAAUACAGAGUUGUUGCACUGGAUUUGAGAGGUUAUGGAGAGUCAGAUGCACCUACUCAUCAAGAGAGUUACAAACUGGACUGUCUAAUUGCAGACAUAAAGGAUAUUUUGGACUCCUUAGGGUAUAGCAAAUGUGUCCUGAUCGGCCAUGACUGGGGAGGCAUGAUUGCCUGGCUGAUUGCUGUUUGCUACCCUGAGAUGAUAAUGAAGCUCAUUGUUAUUAACUUCCCACAUCCAAGUGUAUUUACAGAGUAUAUACUGCGGCAUCCUGCCCAGCUGUUCAGAUCCAGCUUUUAUUACUUCUUCCAAAUACCACGGUUCCCAGAAUUUAUGUUCUCAAUUAAUGAUUUUAAGGCCUUGAAGCACCUGUUCACCAGUCAGAGCACUGGCAUUGGAAGGAGAGGGCGCCAGCUGACAACAGAAGAUCUAGAGGCUUACGUUUAUGUCUUUUCUCAGCCUGGAGCACUAAGUGGUCCAAUUAACCAUUAUCGAAACAUUUUCAGCUGUCUGCCUCUCAAACAUCAUAUGGUGACCACCCCAACACUGCUUCUGUGGGGAGAGGAAGAUGCGUUUAUGGAGGUAGAGAUGGCUGAGGUCACAAAGAUUUAUGUUAAAAACUAUUUCAGACUCACCAUUUUGUCAGAAGGUAGCCACUGGCUUCAGCAAGACCAGCCUGACAUAGUGAAUGGACUGAUAUGGGCAUUCCUGAAGGAAGAAACCAGGAGAGACUGACUUUAUCUUCCACAGGGAGUCUUCCAUGGAAUUUCGAAAAACCCCUUAAAAACGUGUUCCUCAACUUAUGUUUUAUUAGAGAAAAUACCUGUUUUAAUAUGCUUGAUUAUAAAUAAAUAUAGUGACACGUGGUACUGAAAAAA